GAAGUUUUUGUUUUUCGAAGGUGAUUUUUUUUUUUUCUUUUUUUUUUUCUUUUCUUCUUACUUUUUACCAACACUCGGUUCUCGCCACUGUGUGCGCGGCCGAUUGUAUUGUUGUGCCAUGACAAUCUGGAUACGAUCGUGAACGAGGGAUUAGGAGGCAGCCCCGAGGCGAGACGAGGAUGACCAAUUACAGAGAUCGCAGAAGGUCGCGGACAGGUGGUUGGAAGAAGCCGAGGACUGCGCCCAUCGUAGGAAACGACCAUGACGAGCGUGGCUGUCGCCCCGGGUAGCCUCGGUGCACCUCCGUCUAUGCUCGCCCCGAAAAUGUAUCAUCUACAGCAGGGGUUAAACUCAACAUCGCCCUCGCCCACUUCCGGAAAGAAUUACGAUACACUGAGCAAAGGGAAGAAGUCGUGGAGCGUGAGACUGGGCUUGUCGCGGCAGAGCCAGGCCACCGAUGACCCCCAGGGGAAGGGGUGGGGAACGAUAAGCGGCGGAAGCGGGAUUUCGCGUCAAAUGAUCUACGGGGAUCCAUGGCUGUACGGUACGGUUCGGUCUUCGAGGCCUGGUCACGAGCCACGAGGCUUCAUGACACCCCCGCCCCCGCCACCCCCGGGAGCACCAGUAUUGGUAGUAUGUUCCUGUCCGGAAUUUCUCACCGGAACCACGCGGAAGCUCGGCAAUUGCCGCAAGUGCGGUGGUCACCGAUUGGCUGGUGUACCUUUAGGAGGAACAUGUCGGCUACCGCCGAUCUCCUCGAGGUCGAGGCCCAGCCUCGCGGGAGUGCUGAGGUCGUCGAUGGCGUCGAGCUGCGGUGACUCGAGGAGGAGCAUCCUCGAGUGCGACGUGAACCCGUAUCUCCUGUUGAAGAAGCAGAGGGACGAGGACGAUCUGAGCGACGAUCUCUCGGACAACGCCCUCGAGCAGGACGACGCGACCCGAUCCCUGUCCACCCUGUUCGAUCCGUCCAAGGUGAAAUCGAUCGAGAGGAUACCGAGCAGGAGCUCGGUCGCGGCUAUAGGAGGGCAGAGGAUAAGGGUGUUCAACGAGCGGCGGGAGAUCUCGGACGACGAGGAGGGGGAGGGGGUACCGCCGGUCACCAGGAUUCCCAUACCAAAGGUUUCACCGAAGCGACCACCGAGAAGGCUGAAGGAAGCCAAACAAACGCUCAAGAGUAUUCUGAAGCGGGGAAAGGUGCUCGAGGCUAGGAGGAAGAACGUCCUGUUCAACGUGGACAACGUGAUAUUCGCCCCUGAAAAACCGUCGGAGGUGGCACGGUUGUCGUGGGCCAGAAUGGGGAGAAUAGGGAGCCGCGCCUCUCCAAGGGAGCGGCGCAGGGAUAACGACGAGGAAGAGGAGGAGGAGGAGGAGGAGGAGGAGGAGGACGAUGACGACGAGGUGGACGAAGAGGAAGGGGAGCGAAUAGUCGCGUCGCACAACCUCGAGCAGAGAGAGAAGUAUAAUUUCAUUACCAUUCCGAAUAUCAAGGAUCCGAAGGUGGAGAAGAAAGUUCGAAGUGCGAAGGAGCAAGCUAGAAUCUCGCAGGACGUGUGCCAAAACGCCUCUGUCGAUGGGAUCAAGGUAGUAGAUAAGUUUGCCCCCUCUGGGAACGCGGAACGCGUUCUCGCGAAGAAGAAAGAGAAGGUGAACGAGAUGCGCAGCGUGGAGGAUGUCGUCGCACCGCGAAACUUNNCCGAUCGUCGUGCGCUUCACUCGUCGAAACGUGAGAGCGCGGGGGAGGAGAGCGAAGAGAGGAAGAGGAUAGAGAAGGUGGACGAGAUGAGGAUGGGGGAGAAGGAUAGUGAAUCGCGAAUCGAGAUCGAGGAACGAAAGGAUCGUAUAUCGGUCAUCGCUGUGGACGAGAAGGAUUUGAUAUUGAAAUCCGAGGAAAAGAAAUCAUGUUUAUCGCGCAGCCAAAGCGAACGAUCGUUCAGCAGACCGGAGGUAUCAGCCGGCGACGUGCUUUUCAUGGACACUAUGCGUCUCAGCCUGUGUAGAAAAGUGAAAGAAGCGUCACCUCCCCCGUUAGAUUCGAGCGAGCAAACGACCCGACGAAAAGAUUCCUCGUCGAUGAUGAACGAUUCAACGAAGGAGAACGCGAAGAUCGAUUCGUUCGAGAUGGAAUCCCGAUCCGAGACCGCGAACGCGAGGGAAGUCGAACAAGUUCCUAGUGAGAGAAUAACGAAACCGGAAACGGAGGCGUCGAUGGAUGUUCGAAGCAACACGGAGGGAGGGGGCGAGCCUCAUUUCCGAGGAAUGAGACCGACCAGUUGGUCCCCUCCGCCCGGCAAACCGAAGCAUCGUUACAAAAUCAACAAUUCCGAUUCGACGAGGUCGAAAAUUGGGGACGAACCGCUGUUGAAAACGAGUUGGAGCACGUCGAAUCCGUAUGGAUCGUCGAAAGUGGAGAUCGGAUCGGCGAGCACGGAGACGAGCAACGUGUACAAGAUCACGGUCAGUCCCCGGGCAUCCCCUCUCGUUCACCGAUUGCAAAUAGGCCCGACGGGGUUAGGCAACGGAUCGAGGAGAACGUCGAUUUUGAUCAACGGUGACGCGACUCAGCCCACGGCUGAGACUUCGCCGGACAAUAAGGUGACGAUCAGCGUGGGCGGUGAGGACAGCGUUUACAAUCCAACGGUGAUCUCGGUUAACUCGGAAAAUCCACCGCGAAUAAAGAGCUCCGGAGAGAAGACGCGGACCCUCGUCAUCCUCGACAAUUACAAAUCCAAUAUCGUGGUGGCGUCUGGUAAGGAGGGCGGUAAGGAGGAUACGAAAUCGAAACCGUUGUUGAAAACGAUCGAAACGGCGGAAUCUGUCUCCGAGGAGACGCUCGAACAACGCUCUCGGCGAAACACCGAAUCCGAGAGCAAUAGCACGACGAUUCCGGAGACGAUUCCGGUUGACUGUGAGAAGCGGACGACGAGAUCGACCGUGGAAGGUGGUAGGUGUUCCCUCGUGGAGAGGAACGCCAAGUUUCAGGCGGGGAGCGAGAGAACGGCGGAAAAUUCGUCGAAAGUUGCCUCGUUGUCGAAGGAGGCGUUGAUCUCGAAGCUGCUCGAGGAUUCUCUGAGGAAGGCGCGCGAGAACGGGGAGAUCCUGGACGAGGACAGCGGCGAGGCCAUUUUGAAGAUACUGAAGCAGAGUUUGUUGAAGAGCAAGGAGUACGAGGGUUCAGAGUCCACUCUCGAGGCGAAUUACUCGAGAGCGUCCAGCUUGAAUUCGGACGGUGACUUCAUCUCGACCAAUCUUUUCCUCGAGGAGAAUCCUUACGAGGUAAUCAAGGAGCCGAUUUACGAGGAAAUACCGGACGAACCCCCCCCUCUUCCACUGAGCCCGCCGCCCACCGAAGAUUACAUAAAAGACAGGAUAUAUUUCGGUGACAUCGAUUAUUACAGAAAGAGUAGCUCCGAUCAGUUCCUCGGAUCCUAUUUGACCGACAAUGUUUACAAAAAAUCCAACUCCGAGGAUCUUGGGGAAACAUAUUUGUCGAAGAGCCCCGAGGAUUUCUUCAAGAAAAUGUCCACGUCUCCCGAGGAGGGGAACAUCUCGAGCAAGUUCGAGUUGCUUAACUUCCUCAUGGACACGAAGGAUCGAGCGAUAUCCAUCGAAGAGGAGGAGGACGAGGACGACGAGGACGAAGAGGAUACGGAAGGAGAUUUGGAGGCGCUCUAUGAACAAAAGGAAACCAGCCUGGGCGACCUUAGCUCGAAAAGUUCGCAGAUAUCCAACGUUUCCGACAGCAGCGAGGAAUGCAACAUUAUAUUGACCAGCUCAUCAGAGACGUCAAAAGUAAGAGCUGUAGAUAUAGAAAGAACUGAUAGCGGAGUGGGAUCUGAAAGCAGUCAAGCCAGCAGCACACGGGGCGUGCCGAGACGUUGGAGAGCAGGAAAUGUCUCUUCGGGACCAGGAAGUCUCCUCAGUGGAAUCCCACAAGUGAUUUCCGGUGAUUCAAAGCACUGCGAGGACUGCGAACAACGUUUGGAUCCUCUAAUAACAGAUAGCGGUGUAGUAUAUGCACCUUUCGUGUGCAGAAAAUGCUCGAAAAAAAGAAUAGAGCGAAAAGAAAUCAUCACGGAAAUCGUCGAGACUGAACAAAAAUAUGGAAGAGAUCUACAAAUUAUUCUCGAAGAAUUUCACAGACCCAUGUUAAGGGCUGGCCUGCUUACAUCUGAACAGCUUACAGCGAUUUUUCUCAAUGUGGAAGAACUUCUCGAACACAAUCUUGUACUCGCAGAGAAAUUAAAAUUCGCUGUGGAAUUUGCUCAGGAAUCUGGAGAUGAAGAUCUUUUAACGGUAGAUGUAGGCAAGAUUUUUCUAGAGUCUGAACGGAUGUUACAUGCAUUUGAAAGCUAUUGUACUCGUCAAGGAAGCGCAAGUUUAUUGUUACAGAAUCUGGAAAAGGAGAAAGAGCUACUACGAAUUUUUCUAAAAGUUUCACAAAUGGAAAACACUGUUUUACGUAGAAUGAACUUAAAUUCUUUCUUAAUGGUUCCAGUACAAAGAGUGACGAAAUAUCCUCUUCUCUUGGCACGAUUACUAAAAGCUACGCCUUCCGUACGACCAGAUAUACAAGAAGCAAAAGAGAGACUAAAACAGGCUCAAGCUAAUAUAGAAUUACAUUUGGAACAUAUGAAUGCUGAAGCAAAAGAUGUGACUUCGACGAAACUUUGGAGAAGAAUUUCAAUUAUUCAAAAUGGUAGACGACCGAUCGGUGAACAAGAUAUGGUGAAUAUAAAAUUGAGAAAGAUGGCCGUGGAAGUAUUAGAAUGGGCUCAUGAAGAAGCAAAAUUUGUAUUAGAAGGACGUCUUUUAGUUGCUCAACCAACAGAUAAUAAUUGGAGACGCGGACGUACUGUCAAACUUGCUCCUGUAACUGCUAUGUUGGUUACUAAUGGCAAACCAAAUUCAGAGGAUCUUGAAUUUAACGAUGAUUCUCUCUUUCCAAGACACAUUGGUAUUAAAGAAGCUACUUUAUUGUUAGUUAAAGAAAAAUUCGGACGUUAUUCUUUAUUGCGAGAACCAUUGUAUUUAGAUAAAUGUAUAGUAUGUUGUGAAACAGAUCUUGAAGAUUAUUUCGAAAUUCAAGAAUUGUCGUCAAAAGAAACUUUUAUUUUUAAGGCCGAAGAUGGCGCCAGAACAAAGAGAUGGUGUAGAACAUUACAAACACACGCACAAUCUCUCGGUGCAUGGCGCAAACGACGCGGAGCGCUGCCAAAUAUCAUGAUAUGCGGUGUUGCAAGAAAUUAAUAAAUUAUAUAUAAAAAAAUUUAAAUUUAAAUUUAAAUAUAAUUAUUAUUUAAAAAUAUGAUUCCUACAUACGCACAAAUAAAUUUGUGCAAUUGAUUAAACUGGCGCAUGAUCUCUAAAUGAAUUAAUAGUGAUUUAUCAAAAAAAACAUAUGUAUUGGACCAAAGGAUUUCUUCUGUUCAUUGAUAACAUGUAUCAAUGAGUAAUACGAAAAUCUUGCGCAAUCUAUUUUGCGUUCGGUUACAGUACGUUGCAGAAACUUAAGUUUCCUACGUUGCUGUAGUAGUCAAUAUGUUUAAUAUAUAUAUAUAUAUCAUAAAAUAUUCUCUUUUUCUCUUUUUUUUGAUUAGCACUUUUUU